GUUAUGGGGUCUGUGGUCUAGGACGUAGCUCCUAGGAUUUUCAUUCAUUAGAAUUUGCUGCGGCGAUAGGAUCAAUCAUCAAGAACCUUCGUGAAAGAAGUAUCUUUGCGCUUCCCACGUUAUUACAAUGCCAGUUUGAUGUCUAUUAUAGAAGAAGGCAAUGUGGAUUUAGUUUGAAUAAACGUGUUUGAUGAACGACAAGUUUGAAGAUUGAAACUGAACUUGUUGCUACGUAAAAAGGAGGAAUUAUAGAGGUGCUCAUCCAACUUCAUGAAGACAAAGACGAAAAUCGAAAACAUCUUCAAACGUUUCUAAAUCUCCUUAAUAAAAAAAGAAGAUACGGAAAAGGUACUGUACACACACAAUAAAAAAGAAAUGGUGACUCCGCACUUGAAGAAAACAUGCUGUCUAGAGAAGAAAAUAGACAACAACAGCAGCAACACACAACGAUUUGUCACAACGAUAUAGAGAAUACCCCUACGCAACUUUCAAACCUACUGGCUCAGGAAGAUCUCAACGAGAUAAAUAGAGCCCGAAAUUUGACAAAAACUGACAGUCUGACUGUCAUUAGUCAGAACAGUAUGAAGCCAACUGUUCCUGUUUAUGAAACGUACUGUUCACAAGGAAAUCAGAUUUCCCGCAAUCAUAAUCAAAUGGCAAAUAACUGGCCAUCGAUUUGGGAAAAUAUAAAUCCUAUUGAGGAGACUGUAAAUUCAUAUCCUACUCAAGAUGAAACUGAUAUUGAGCACCAAGGCGGAAUUGAUAAUUUGUCUCCAAUUUCUAGAGAAAAUUAUUUAAAUAACGCUUCUUUUGCAGGUGAUCAACAAUCUAUUCAUAAUUCAUAUCAAACUCAACUCAAUUUUAAUAGACUAUCUCAUUUAAAUGUAUUCAACAGCAACGUUGGAGCACUGUUUCAUGGAAGCGAAACAAAUCUGCCUGAACGGUUUACCGAUCAAUCAAAUUCAAUGUACGACCAGCCUUCGUUGAGGCACGACGUGCUUCAUAGUGACUUUCUCAAUAGAGAACUGUUCGAUUUUGAUACUGACUUGUUGGAAAGUAAUGAGGAACAUUCCCUAAAUAUAGCAAUUUCCGAUAACUUCGUAGAAAGCUUGGAAAGGGAGAUAGAACAAUCGAAUGAAGCUACCCAAUUAUCUUCAACCAUUGAUGAAGACAAUUCAACAAAUGAAUAUCGCUCCUCAGUUAGUGAUAUUUACAGUGAUGCCUCUAUUCAGACAUCAGAUGCGCAACUAGAACAAAGCAAUCAUUCAGUCGAAUUUCAAUCCCAGUUUUAUGAAAAAUCAGUGGAACUUGAUAAAAGAACAGAAACGAACGAGAUAUGGAAAGAACGAGGAAAUGAGCUGAUGAACCAAUUAAAAAAUAAACAAAAUAAUAAACACGAACAAAAUACAGGUAUCACUGUCAAUGAAAAUGAUGCUUCUAAUCCUGAAGGUUCAACUAAACUAGCCGCGUCAAGACAAUUACGCGUUUCUUCAGAAGCAAAAAAAGAACAUGAUUCUUCAGAUGUUAUUGAGGAUGUCAUUGUUGAUAAUGUUAAGAAUCUUGUUAAAAAUGCUAAAGCUGGUGGAGGACCUAUAGUUUUUGGAAAUUGUGAAGAAGCUCUUUUCUAUGAACUGAGAAUGAAAGAAAUUGAUGCUAUCGAUUCAGCGAUAUCCUCUAUCGAGCAAAAGAUUAAAAUGGAUUCUAAUUGCUAUGAUUUAGAUCGCACUAAUGUAAAAAACAUUGAUACAUUCCAAUAUAUAAAAUAUAAUAAAGGAGUGAAUGAAUCAUUCAUACCAGUAUCUAUUGAAAUUACUGUUAUGCCUCUUAAAAUUCAACCAGAAGAUUCUGCUGUACCUCCUGAAACAGAAGAGCCGGAAGAUAGUUCCGAAACACAGGAUCCGACAGAAAUGUCGGAAGGAUCAAAUGUUCCGGAAUCUUCAACUCCGCUUGAGAUGGAACCUUGUCAGGAAGCAAUCUCCCAACGUAAAAAAGAAAAAGAUCAGUUGCCUGAUGAAAAAGUCGCAACUAGUAUGGCUUCACCAACUGAAUCGUCUUCUCUGACCCAAAUAAAACCCAUAGGAACAUGCAGCACUAGUGCACAUAAUCCUCAUGAUGAUAAAACACAAGAAAAAACAUCAGAGGACAAGGAAUCAGGACCCGAUUGCUUUGGCAAAACACAGAGAGUUGCACGUGAUAAUGAAAUCAUUGAAAUGGUUGAUAAAAAUGAUCCUAAUGCAGUAGAGGAUGAAUUUGCCUUUAUCAGAAAAACUGAAAAAAAAUCAUCUGAAGAGGGGAUAGAAAAAGUAAUUUCGGAAACUAUGGCUAAUACAGCUGUUCUAGAACCUGUCAUUAGUUCAGAGGAUCUAUUACCUACUGAAUCAGAAGUGCAGGAAAAAUUUGAAACACAGGAUUGUAAAGGAGAGUUACUCGUACCAAAUAUAUUUGAGUUUUCAAAGAAACUCGAAAUAACUCAUUUAGUAACAGUUACGCAAAGCGAAACCAAUAAUGAUCAAGUUUUGAAGGAAGAACUUUCAACUGAGGUUUUAUCAAAUCAAUUAUCAACAGAACCCCAAAUGCAAAAGGCAUUGUGUAGUUCAAGCCACAUUAGUACUCAGAGUGAUAAUAUACCAGAUAAAGGUUUGGAAAAUGAGCAUGGAUGCGUGAGUAUGGAAUCAGAUCGACCCAACCGUUUAGGUGAACAACAAACAUUCGCACCCGAUACCGAAACCGAUCACGCGGUCACUGAAACUGAUGCUAAUAUUGUGGAACACACAACCAUCGAUAAAGCAAAACUAAUCCUUCAGGAAUCGGAGAUUAAAGAAGGUGAAAAUACCGACAUAGCUUCCUCUUCGAAUGAACAGAAUACGCCCAAAGCUUCAAGUAGUUAUGAUUUAAGUAGCGGCAUAGGUUCAAGAAGUGUUGAAACAAAAACUGAACACAGUGAAAAGUUCACUGAAAGCAUCAUACAAGGAACCGUGAGUUUAACUUCUCAGGAAUUAGCAACUUUACCAAAACAUCAAUUACUUUCUGAAACAAAAACUCAGGAAAUAUCUGGAACAAAGAAUUUUACUGCAGUGUUAUCCGAUCCAAAUACAUCGGAGACUUCCGCAAUCCAGAUGGAUCCUAUUGGGAAAACGUGUUCGCAAACUGAAACUAAAACAGACAAAUCUCCCAAUGAAGGAACCUUCACUGGAAUCUUAGCAAUGGGACCUUCUUCACUGCCCCUUUUAGAAAAGGAACAGAGUAGUUCAAGUGUUUAUAGUUCUGAAGGUGAUAAUAAACCUGAAAAACGAACUGAAGAUGAGGAUGAAUGCGUCAUUAUGGAAUCUGGCGUUCCCAAUCAAGUGGUUUCUAAAAAUGAUCAUAAUAUUGUGGAAGAAACUACCACUAUUGAUAACACAAAAGAAAACCAGCACUACGAAUCUAAGGUACAACCAAACGAACAAAUCGACGUAACUUUAAAAACAGAAACAAAUACACAUAUUGAUAUAAAGACCCAUGAUAUGGAUAAUAACAGUGCCGGCAGUACAAGAAGCAUUGAAACAAAAUGUAAACAUAGUGAUGGGACGAUUGAUAGUAAUAUUCAAGAAACUAUGGUUGCGCUACCAACUGCCAGCGCUACCACACUUGCAUUACCUGAGCCUCAAUUACCUUGUGAAAUUAAAACACAAAGAACCUCUGAUGUACUAAAUCCUGCUGAAGAGCUACCUGAACCAAAUACACAGGAAUCUUCGAUAAUACACGAGACAAAUCCUUUAGAGAAAACAGCUUCACAAACUGAAACUAACAUAGAACAGUCUCCGAGGGAAGAAUCCACAACUGAGAUUUCGUCAUUUGAACCAUCUUUUCUAACUCAAACGCAAGACGCUCCGAUACUUGAUGAACCAAGUAUUCAAGAGACGAUCCAUGACAAUAUUGUUAUAAACAUCUCGCCAAGCGAGCUUGCCUGGUUGAGCGAACCAGCGACACAAAGUGAAAUUGGAUCACAUCCAUGUUUUGAACAACUUGAAAAUUUUCAAAUAGAACAAGUACCGUUAUCAAUUGAGGGAAUUUUACAGAUUCCCACUACUGAUACUCCUCGAAAUCAAGAGCCCACGGAAGAGCCAUCUGGUCAUAUUUAUUCUGAACAGUUGGGCGGUUCAAGCCUGCCUGGGGUUUCGGAGAUGGUCGAAAAAAAAUUACCUUCUGAACAAUCAGCUAUCUCUGAAACCGAAAAUGUUUCUUCAGAAGCAGGGCCCGAACCAGCUAUUCCUGAUGACCUUCCACCCCAAAGAUCAUCAAUUUGUCUAACAUCAAAUGAGACGACAGUGGUCAGCUCUGAAUCUGAACCUUCAAUAUCGGUUAAAUCAGAUGGCCAAUCAGUGGCUUCGCUAGAGCCGGUCCCAUCAAGUAGUGAAUCAACCUUGCUGGUGGAAAAAGAUGCUCAACCAAUUGCUGACGAGCCUUCAGAUGAUGAGGCUCCACUAGCGAAAAGAAAAAGGACUGAAUCCAAAUCUAAUAUGAAAUUGCGAGUAAAGGAAACAAGAAAGUCUAGCCGAGUAAAGAAGAAUCCAGAAAGACUCUUUUAUAUAGGAAAAGGACAACUGUUUUAAUUUGAAAAACCAUUCAUCUACCUAAAGUGGAAUACUCAUUUUCCAGUCAAUUGUAACAUUUUACAGGGUUAAUAAAAGUUUGCCUUUCACUAUUCUAAAAACAAUACGACUACCGUUCACAAUGAGUAUAUUUUAACAUUCUUCAUUGGAUUUAGAUGCUAAAAUAAAUUUGAAUUCUGACAAUAAAAGUGUGCUGUAUCAUUUGUAUUACGAAUAUGGGAUUUAAUUGUUGUUAUAUUUUAUUAAUGUGAUAUUUUUCAUCAUUCAGGAUUUGUAAUUUAUCUAGUGGUAUCUGUUCAUCUAUUCAAGGAUUUCUAUUGUAAUUUAAACACUUGAGGGUUAAACAAAAUUAAGAAUGUUACUGGCCGUCCAAUGCACCUAGCAAGUUUGUUAGCAUAGGAUUAAUCCUAGUUGUGUAUUUUCAACGUGAAGGUAACGAUCUGACAUUUAUAAUUAUUUAGUUCUAUUUGUGAUAGAACUUUAAAUAAGAUACGAGACAUAAGAAUGUUAAUUUUUUUUUCGUGCAUUAUAUGCUAGCAAACUACCUAUCUUAGAGCGAUUAUACCUUUAUGUUUGGAAAAAUGAUUUUAAAUAGAGUGGAGAUUAUUUAAAAUGCUUAUAAAAUUAUUUCUGUUUAAUAAUCACCUUGAUUUAUUCCUACUGUUUUACCAGUAAAUAAUAUUUUUUUGUUAAAAAUUAUAGUUAUUAUAGAUGAUUAGGUUAUUCUGUAAAAUAAUUCCAACAUAUCUUCAUAGUAUAUGAAAUGUGCAUAAGACUAAAAAAAGGAAAAAAAAAGAAGGGACCAUGGGAUACUUGGUAAAAUAGCCAUGAAUUUUUCGAUAUGUAUUUUAAAAUGUAAUUUUAAAAAUAGGUAGAUGAAAAAUUCUGAUACGUAAAUCCAUUUUUUUUUCUGACAACAAAUACAUUUAUCUGACAUUAUUGUAAAUAUCAAGAACGUGUAUGUAUUUUUCUGUAAAUAAUGAAAUUAUCUCUUGUUCUGACAUAUUGUUUAUAUUGAUAAAAAUGUUAAUACUGACGAUUUAUUGUCAUUCUUCUAUCAAAAUAAAAUAACAACAUUUUGCUACUUGUAAUAAAUGUACGCUGCUGUGUUGGUUUGGUUCUUUGUAAAAUAAUUGAUAUUUGGCAUUUGUGUUGAACUUUGAAAGAAAGCGUUUGAUGUAUCGAAUUAUUUUGAUAAUUGUAAGUGUAGAUACUUUUAUGUGUUACUUCAAGAAAGACUGUGAUUAUACUAUCCUCCUAAUUUUGUUAUUUUCAUUGUCUAUAUUGUAGUUGAACCUAAAAUAACAAUAUUGGCAAGAAUAAUCAUAUCAUUGUCAAUGGGUGUUCAUGUGCCUAAAUAUAUCUAUUGUUGAAAUUGUACUGCUACAAUUUGAGGGAAAAUAGAUGUAUUUCAAUUUGUAAAUAAAAACAAUUAAGUAUUAAUCUCUAAAUCCUAACAUCUGAUAUUUCGAUGGUAAUAUAUAUUUUAUAUAGAUACACAAUGAAGGACUUAUAAAUAAUAUAAAUGCAAACUACGAUAUUAGAAAAAAAAAUGCUCAUGGUAUAAACAUAAAUAAAUAUUGAUAUCAUAAAUACCCCUUACAAAGGUACAGUUUCCAGUUCAUUGCUCAAUUUUUUCUCUUUCUUUCUUUUUUAUUCUUCGAUUUGGUGUGUCGAUUUGUUUAAACAAAGCACUGCUGUGGUUUAUCGUUAUCUGUUAUAUUUAAUUACAUUGCAGUUAUCCCGAAUUACAACGAAGCGAUUCUCUUAAUUGUGCCAAAAAAAAAAAAAAACGAUAAAGAAAAGAAUAGUAGAUAGAAGUAAAUGAGCCAAAUAUCAGUUGUUGAAAUAUUUGUAAUUGUGCUUAAUAAAAGUUGAUGUACUAUUCUUAAUUGUGCCAUUUAAGAUUGAUGUAAUUUUGCCAAAUAACAGAUAUUUGAUUGUGUUAACUAAAAGUUGAUGUCAUAUAUAUAUAAAUAUAUAUCAAAUAAAAAUGUUUUUAUUCUGUGUCAAAGUUGAUUUAAAUGUACUAAAAAAUUUAUAUACAAAAAAAAAAUGGUUGUAUGUAAAAAAUAAACAUUGAUGUAGUAGUGCCAAGUAAUGGCAUCGUUGUUAUAAGAAACAGUUGAUGAUACUUUAAUAAAUGUUUAUAUAUAAUUAUGUUAAUUUUUCUAAACAACAGUUGAUGUUAUUAAGAUAAAUAUCUGUUGAUCUAAUUCUACUGAAUAAAAGUUAAAUCAUACAAAUAAAAGUUGAUGUAAUGGUGUAAAGAAAAAACAAGGUAAAAACCAUUGAGUUGAUAAAUGUGUUAAUUCUAUUUGAUGUUUCUUAACUGUAAAAGUUGGUUUUUAACUGAUGGAUCAAGGAUGCUUGACAAUUCGCAUGCGUACGAUGAUUGUAUUAAUUCAGAAAGGUUAUAUAUAUAUAUAUACAAUUUUGUUUUAUAAAUCCAUAGUAUGCAUAAGAAAUUCAUAAAACUUUUUUAGAAAGAUAUCGAUGCGCUACUUGUACCUUUAUACUUUUAUUUCUUGAUUUGAAAAUGCAUUAUUAUAUAUUUUUUUCAAUAAAAUAAUUCAAUGUCGGAAUAAAAGGUCUAUUAGUAAUUAGUUUGAUUAAUAUUUUUAUUCUGUAUCUGGUUGGAUAAAUGAGAAUUAUCUAAAUUUAGUAAUUUCAAAUGAUCUUGGUGAUCCCACUUAUUUUUUUUUUCUCAAAUUAUUAAUACUAAAUAUCUUGUUCAUUGUGUUAAAAUUUUAUGAAUGUUUUGGAAUCUAUAUUAUAAUAAAGUUUAAAUAUGUUUCUUGUUAUCCUUCUCAUCACGAUUGAUAAUGCCACAUGUUGAGUUUGUUUUUACAAAACAUGAUUUUUAAUGUCAUGAAUUUUUAUACCUGCUAAAAAAAUAAAAUAAAUAAGUCCUAGUAACCCACAAGUUAACAAGUUAAGAAGAUGCUUGAAAACUAUUUUUGAACAACUAUUUAUAAUAAUUUGGUUUUCAUGUGAUUAUUUAUUGUAAGUUCAUCAAUACCAC